AUGGAACCUGUUGAUUUAUGGGUAAAAGCUGGCUCGGAUGGCGUUCGCUUAGGUGGUGAUCCUUUAUGUCAACAAAUUUUUAUGAUUCUCAUCGAGAAAAGUUUGCACCCGGAAAGUGGUCUGAAAUUCAAUGUAAAAACGAUAAAUGAAGCAAAGCCGCCACCCGAAUUUCGACAAGCUGGUCUUCGUCAUGCGCCAGCUCUUCAACAUGGUGACGACUUUACGUAUUCACAUCCAGAUGAAAUAAUCGAAUACAUUGAUCGUACUUUCCCUCUACCAUCGUUCAAAAGCGACAAUCCGAACGCUCAACAAGCCACCGAUGAUUUAUUCCGUGCAUUUGCUUUCUUCAUCAAAGAAGUCAGUACUGACUCUAAGGCACUGGAAGCAGAAUUGACACGUUUAGAUAGUUAUUUGGGUGAGACGGAAACGAACUUUUUAACCAGCGAUGAUUUGAAACAUAUCGAUUUUUAUGUAUUACCGAGAUUGCACACAAUACGAAUAGCUGCAUCAGCACUGAAACAGUAUGAAAUACCACAUCAUUUACGUCAUUUAUGGGCCUAUAUGAAACGUGGAUAUCAAACUGAUGCAUUCAAAAAGAGUUGUCCAUGUGAUCAGGAAAUUAUUUUAUAUUGGGCUGAUCGACCAGAUACACCAAACUUAACGUCACAAAAACGUUCACAGUUGUAUCGACAAAAAACUACGUCUUCAUUAGCGAUUCCUGAUGAAGUAGAGGAUAUCAUGGCCACCGCAAGCAGCUCAAAUGGCAAAGUCAGCCAAACAUGA